CGCCCUCCUCCGGGGCGUAAACAAACCUCCUCUGGCUCCCGGCUCCGGCUCGGGAGCGCACGCUUCUCUUCGCCGCUCUCGUCGCUCCCUCUGGGCACCGCCAGCCUAGCUCCGGCUCUUUUUGCUUUUCUCUCUCAACCUCAGAUGGAAACUGAGACAUGGAAUGACUUACCAAGGAUGAGCCGAAACUGGGAUUCGGCUCUCCAAGACCCUUUCCAGGGGUCUCCUGGCUGGGAUUGAAGGUGGUGAAAGGGGGUCUCAGUCUCGAGAGAUUUAUUUUCUGCUGUCAGAGGGGCAAAAAUAAAUUGGAUCUUCACUGAGUUUCUGUGCAUUGAAAUCUGGCCUGAGCUGCCUCAGCAAGGAUGGGGAAGAAAGAUCGCAUUGUGUUUUUCUGAUGGCCUGAAGCUGCAGUUCUUCCUUGGGACCCAACUCCAGAGAAUCCCAUCCAAGGCGUGACUCAGAAGGCCCUGUGCUUCAGAAAGGAAGCCAAGGCAGGUGACAGCAGGGACAUGUCUCGGGAGCUGCAGGACGUGGACCUCGCUGAGGUGAAGCCUCUGGUGGAGAAAGGGGAGACCAUCACUGGCCUCCUGCAAGAGUUUGAUGUUCAGGAGCAGGACAUCGAGACUUUGCAUGGCUCCAUUCACGUCACACUGUGUGGGACCCCCAAGGGGAACCGACCCGUCAUCCUCACCUACCACGACAUUGGCAUGAACCACAAAACCUGCUAUAACCCCCUCUUCAACUCCGAGGACAUGCAGGAGAUCACCCAGCACUUUGCUGUCUGCCACGUGGACGCCCCCGGCCAGCAGGACAGUGCUGCAUCCUUCCCCACGGGGUACAUGUACCCCUCCAUGGACCAGCUGGCGGAAAUGCUGCCCGGAGUCCUUCACCAGUUUGGACUGAAAAGCAUCAUUGGCAUGGGAACCGGAGCAGGCGCCUACAUCCUCACUCGAUUUGCUCUGAACAACCCCGAGAUGGUGGAGGGCCUCGUCCUCAUCAACGUGAACCCUUGUGCGGAAGGCUGGAUGGACUGGGCCGCCUCCAAGAUCUCCGGAUGGACCCAGGCCCUUCCGGACAUGGUGGUGUCUCACCUCUUCGGGAAGGAGGAGAUGCAGAAUAACGUGGAGGUGGUCCACACCUGCCGCCAGCACAUCGUGAACGACAUGAACCCCGGCAACCUGCACCUGUUCAUCAACGUCUACAACAGCCGGCGGGACCUGGAGAUUGAGCGGCCGAUGCCCGGAACCCACACGGUCACCCUGCAGUGUCCUGCUUUGUUGGUGGUUGGGGACAGUUCUCCUGCUGUGGACGCUGUGGUGGAGUGCAACUCGAAACUGGACCCAACGAAGACCACUCUUCUCAAGAUGGCGGAUUGUGGCGGCCUCCCACAGAUCUCCCAGCCGGCCAAGCUUGCUGAGGCCUUCAAGUACUUCGUGCAGGGCAUGGGAUACAUGCCCUCGGCCAGCAUGACGCGCCUCAUGAGGUCCCGCACAGCCUCGGGCUCCAGCGUCACGUCCCUGGAGGGCGUCCGCAGCCGCUCCCACACCAGCGAGGGCGCCCGGCUGGACAUCGUCCCCAACUCCGGCGGCUCCGGGAGCAGCGCAGGGCCCAACUCCACGGAGGUGUCCUGCUAGGUGGCCUGGGGGACGGCCGCACCUGGACUCUGGGAUCAGUCGCUGUAGCCGCCCCUCCUCCGGCCCCUCCCCGCCCCUGCCUGCCAAGCACAUGUAGCUCGGUAUUAAUCCAAAGCUUAUUUUGUACGAGUGAGCUCUGGUGACGACAAAGUGAGACUGGGUUUGUGGAGGGCUCCCUUUCCGGCGAGGGCGGGGUGGGGUGGACCAAAGGGAAAGAAGCAUCUCAGUGUCCUGUCUCCACUAGCGAGCGGCCUAGAGGCCACUCUCUUACCCUCCCUCAGAGACACACCAAACUGCCAAAACCAAGAAACACAGAGCAAACACUUGAUCGGUCCAGGGCUAGGCUGACCUGCGCAUCCUGGCGCGAAGGGACGUUUUGUUGGAAGCCCAGCCCACCUACUUCCUGUUUCCUUUCCAACUAAAGAAAAAACAGACCCAGUUUCUGGAAACCAAACCCUUUCUGAUUUGGAGAGGGGGAGAGCGGGGAAUGGUGGCGAGCUCUUCUAACAAAGCCAAACAGGAAGCGGGGAAAGAGGUGGAAUUUACGUGGAGGCUCCGAAGUAUUUGGAAGAGCAAAUCUCUGUAGUGAACUUGAAGUAGAUUUUUAACGUCUGUGCAUAUAUACACUUUUUCGUGCCGAUGCCAGAAGCCUGUUUUUCUGGCAUUUUUUUUUAACGGACAAAAGAAGCAGGUGACAGAAUCUCCCAGGUUUUCACAGAAACGGUCUUGGCACACGUCUGGUAUCGGGGGUUUGAGGCUUUGAUUCUGCUGCCUGACUCUUCCUCCACGUCCCCUACUUCCUACCCCCAAUACAUGGACGAGUGGUUAUUUCAUUCACGGGGAAGAUCCUGUAGAUUUGUAGUUGCUUCUUUGAAAUGGAGGGCGUGCCUGGCUGUGAUGCGUCUCCGUGCAGUGGCCGGGGGAGGGGGGCAGGGGCAUGGAGGUGGGGUGGUAUUUUUUGUUAUUCGAUGCAGAGGAUUCCUCGUGGCUGUGGUGGAAUCCAGUGCAGUUGUGAUUUCAGUUGAUCCCAUCUGGUUCCCAGGAAUCGUGUGUGAUUGAGUUAAAUCUAGCUUC